GGGCUGUUGGUUGUUGUAGACCAAAGACACAACAGCAUCAGACGAGAGAGGGAGCGUCAACCUAAUGAUGGAGGAAUUCGAAGAUGAUGUGGCUCCCCCAGUGGAGGAUCUGGUUCAAUGCAGUAUUUGUCAAAGAUCAUUCUUCCCUAAAGUUCUGGAGAAGCACAUUAAAAUCUGUCAAAAGACAGCAAACAAAAGGAGGAAAGUGUUUGACUCCAGUAGACAAAGAGCGGAGGGCACAGACAUCCCUACACUCAAACCCAUCAAACCAAGGUCUCAAAGUUCAUCUACUACUGGGAAAGCAGAACCUCCUAAGAAGCCCUCCAACUGGCGCAAGAAACAUGAGGAUUUCAUAUCUACUAUCAGGGCGGCCAAGAACAUAAAACAGGCCAUUAAAGACGGUGGGCCAUUACCCCCACCUCCUCCUCCUACUUAUGACCCAGACUAUGUCCAGUGCCCUUACUGUCAGCGGAGGUUCAAUGAGAAUGCAGCUGAUAGACACAUCAAGUUCUGCCAGGAGCAGGCUGCCCGUAUGACAAACAAAGGCAAAUUAGGGGAUUCUAAGAAGACUCCUGCACGCACACAGUACAAGCCUCCUGCUUCUGUGAAGAAGGUCAACUCUCCUGCUGUGUCAUCCAUCCCCCCAGCCUCCUCUCGUUUACCCCAGAGAUCAGGCCUUGGGCAGCCCACUGGAAUCCCAUCAAAUAAGACCUCUUCUGCAGGUAUAGUGAGGAGCAGUCCUUCCGGCUACACGACUCCUCCAUCAGGCGUGGGAAGUAAGACCCGAGUUGUGAGCUCUGGUUAUGGCUCUGUAAGGAACACGCAGUCCGGAACGGCACUGAACAAGAAGAAAGUAGAGAGCUACAUAUCUAGGAACGACGUUGACGGCAGUGACGACAUUGGAAACGGUGGGAUGAAGAGCAAGUUCUGUCAUGAUUGUGGGACAAAGUAUCCUGUUGAGUCGGCCAAAUUCUGCUGCGAAUGUGGGAUCAGGAGGAUGUGUAUUUGAAGGAGCCCUGAAAAAGUGAAUCAUACGGAUGCAUCGGUGUCCAAACUCGGAUGAGUUUCACCAAAGCUUAAAAUACUUUAAAAGA